AUGUGUAACCAUGAUGUUGCCUGGAUAAUCAGCGGAGGACGUUACGAGACAGAGACGGGCACUAAUGAUCUUCCACCCCCCCCAGACCUACAACCAGCUGAAGGCAAGCGAAGCAGGCAGGACAGCCACACCUCAUGCACGGCCUCAGCAAAGGUCCGAGUGGAUACGGGUCUGACAAACAUGGGUGUGCUCCAGCUCCACAAUCCCACUCACCCCAGCACGCUUCUGCAGCGGGCCAAUCAGAUGCGCCUGUCGGGCACCUUGUGUGAUGUCAUCAUCACGGUAGACGGCCAGGAGUUCCCGGCGCACCGCACCGUCCUGGCCUGCACCAGCAAAAUGUUCGAGAUCUUGUUCCACCGCAGCAGCCUGCGCUACGCCCUGGACUUCCUGUCCCCCAAGACCUUCCAGCAGAUCCUGGAGUACGCCUACACCGCCUCGCUCCAGGCCACAGCCGAGGACCUGGAUGACCUGCUGUACGCCGCGGAGAUCCUGGAGAUCGAGUACCUGGAGGAGCAGUGCCUGAAGGUGCUCGAGACCAUCCAGGCAGAGGAGAGCGAGGAGGUGGCGGCGAGGAAUCACAGCUCCGGAGACCACAGUGACCACAACCGGGCCAGGCACUGGAGGCACAUGUUGAUGUCCAAGAAGCAUUCCAUACAGGAUGGACCCAACCGCACCACUCCCACUGCUCUACACCACCUGGCGCUGUACCACAUGACAGAGAGGGGCUCUCCUGGUCCAGAGGCUGAGGCGGCUCCUGAACUGAGCCCCAAGCUGGACACGGAGGUCGACAUGGAGAGUUCCCAGCAGCCCCAGCACCGCAGUGCAGAGUUAUCCCAGGCCUCAUCCCUGGAUCCUGUCAGAAGUAUUAAAUCAGAGAAUAUGCAGGUGGAUGAUGCCAAUGGCUGUGAGGGCAGGUCCUCCAGCACCGGAGAGGGAAGCUGCAUGUCAGACCAGCCCAGAGACGAGGGCCCGGGGACGCCUCUGAGAGGCAGCGUGAUCACCAGCGCUCGAGAGCUGCACACAGGUCCCGAAGACGGAGGACAAGUGGUGGGCAACUCUCUUGACUGUUUCCCUGGGAUCGCUGAGAAACAUCUGGCCUCCAUAUACUCUGUGCCCUCCAACCACACAGGGGAGGGGAUGCUGCCAGUGUCCGUUUCAGUGGCCCCGUCAUUGGGCGUGCCGCUGGACCCGAGGGCCUACAGCGGCCUGCUGCACCAGGGCUUGCUGCACAGGGAGCUCCUGAGCAGGCUGGGCCAGUUUGCGGCAGGGAUGAGGCACGAGGGCCAGGCUCAAAGCCAGCAGUGUUGUGGCGAGUGUGGGCUUCAGCUGCACAGCAGGCAGGCCAUGGAGCAGCACAGGAGGCUGCAUAACGAGGAGAAGGGCCACGGCUGUGAAUACUGUGGCAAACACUUCCAGGACAGCAUGCGACUACGGAUGCACAUGCUGUCUCACACAGGGAUGUGCCGUAGGCGGGAAGCGUCUGCUGUAGAGAGAACACCCAGUCCUUCUGUGGCCUCUCAGGCAGACAGUCUGCUCACUGUUCAGAGACUGAUAACAGGGCACGCUCCUGCAGAGGCGCUGGUGUGUGAUCAGUGUGGAGCAACAUUCUCCUCAGAGGAUGCUCUGGAAGCCCACAGGCAAACACACACAGGGACUGACAUGGCGGUGUUCUGUCUGCUGUGUGCAAAGCGCUUCCAGACCCAGAAGGCCCUGCAGCAGCACAUGGAGGUCCAUGCAGGCAUGCACAGCUACAUCUGUAGCCACUGUGAGCGCCCCUUCCCCAGCCACACUACCCUCAAAAGACACUUGCGCUCGCACACGGGCGAUCACCCGUUUGAGUGUGAGUUCUGCGGGAGCUGUUUCAGAGACGACGGCACGCUGAGGGGCCAUAAACGCAUCCACACAGGAGAGAAGCCUUAUGAGUGCAACGGCUGUGGGAAGAGGUUCAGCCUAAAACACCAGCUAGAAACACACUACCGUGUACAUACAGGUGAGAAGCCAUUCGAGUGUAAGCUGUGUCACCAGCGGUCCAGAGACUACUCGGCUAUGAUCAAGCACCUGCGCACUCACAACGGAGCGUCUCCGUACCAGUGCACCAUCUGCCAGGACUUCUGCCCGAGCCUGGCCGCCAUGCAGAAGCACAUGAAGGGCCACAAACCGGAGGACGUGCCGGCGGACUGGAGGAUAGAAAAGACUUACCUGUACGUCUGUUACGUCUGAGCAGGACUUGGACCCCAUGCACAGUCUGACACAUGCGCACACGCACACACACACACACGUACACAGAGUCACUGUCGGGUGAAAACCUCGUAAACUCCAGUGUUGGUGAUUUUCAAAACUCCUUUUGAAUAAACUGAAAAAUGUAUUGUGGGAAGUGGUCAUUCUGGCAAGUGCAAGGUUUUUUCCUGACGAUAAAGACAUGCAAGCAUGAAUACAAAUCUGUGUACACACUACACUAGGGCUGCUACUAAUGAUUGGUUUCAUUAUCAGUGAGAUUAUUUUUUACUACUAAGUGAUAAAUCUGAAAAGUCUGGAAAUGUCAAAAAUAGACACAUUUUGGUGACAAGGUGACAUCUUCAAAUAACUAGUUUUGCCCGACCAACAGCCCAGUCCAAAGAGAUUCAGUUAAUAAUGAUAUAAAACAGAGAAAAACAGCAAAUUCUCACAUUUUGAGAAGCAGGAAACCCGAAAUAUGUAACGUUUUCCCCCCAAAAAUGACUUAAACGAUUGCUAAAAUCGUUGACAACUAGUUUCCUGACUUACUGUUUCAGCCCUAGUGCACACAGACAUACAGACACACAUUCUCCCUCCCUCGCACACACACAGUUUUGAUAAUAACUGUAUCUCUAAUGGAUCCACUGUGGUUAAAAUCAAUGCCACAAUGGCCGUGACUGCUGACCUGUAUGUGUAGCAGGAACUUUUUUUUGAUUGAUUGCUAAACCAUCAGGCAACCUGAGUCAUCUUCUAUGAUUGUGCAGUAGAUGUUGAAAAUAAUUCCACGAAAGCUUGAUUGGCUGAACUUUGCAACAUUUUCUCUCCUAAAAUCCUGUGACUUCUCAAGUUUUUUUUUUUUUUCCUGUUGUUGGAUUUUUAUUUUGGAGUUGUUUAUUUUCUGCAUGUUUUACUUGAAUGGCUGCCACGUUUUGACCUCAUAAGCUUGAUCUCUUUAAUUGCCUUGUCUUUCUUGCAGUGGGUGUUAUUGUUUCGAGGUAGCUGGCUUACAAUUUGAGUUUCUCUUGCAAUGUAAUAGGUUUUGCUAUUUAUAUGUUGUUUAUUUGUUACCAAAUAUGUGCUGGUUUUCAUCACACAGUCUGUCUCUUGGGAUGAUUUCUAGUAGAGCGAGCUCUACCUCUCCUCACUUUUCACUGUUUGUUUUAAACCUACUGCAAACUAUUCGUCCAUUUAGUUGUUUUAAUUUUCUAACAAAUACAUCAGAAUUUAAAUGGUCAAACAGUGUGUAAAAAAUGCGAACAGCCUCAACAUGGCUUUUACGUGUAGUUUUUUAUCACUAGCUAUAUAUAGAUGUCUUAUAAAAUCACAGAAUCAGAAUUUUCUAGGAGAAAAUUGAAGAAAACAUGAAAAGAAGUUGUUUUGUUUUUUUACAAAACCUGAAAAAGAAAAUUCUGACAUUGAAUCACUAUGAGCAGGUUAUUGUCAGUUAUAGUGUAGCUGUAAUGUACAAACUGUCAUGGUAUGUUAUUCCCUUAUGUGAGCCUAACACAGGCCUUAUAGAUUUAAACAUGUUGUAUUUUUGUAUUACAGUAAUUUGCUAUCUGUUUACAUUUGGUAUGAUUUGAGAAACAUCUUAAAUGUGUGUGUUUUAUAAGUCUCUGAUUUGAUUAAGAUCCCUCCCUUGUGCCUCUUUUAUAAGUAGAGCAUUGAUGUGCUUGAGUACAUGGGUCUGUGCUAUUGGUAGUUGUUUCUGGGUGUUUGUUUAUUGUUACUUAAUUAAAGAUAGACUGCCAUGUAGAUCCACUUUGUCUGAAAAUUGCAACUGGAAGCAACAUACUGUGAUAGUGGCUGAUACUCUGAGACAAGCGUGUACUUUUACAUUAAAAAUUGCUUGGAACUUGCAUCAAAUUGUUCCCUUCAAAAGUGACAAUGGACUGAGAUCUUUGGAAGACAACCGUGUGUAUAGCAAAUCUUGGCGUCUGUGGGCAUUACCAAUGCCUUCUUAAGUAGCCAACAACACUCAGUGCCAUGAAAACACACAUUCACUGUAUCUAUUCUACAUGAACAUGCACUAUAAAUGGAUUUCCUUGGUGGACCAAAAGAAAUAGAGCACUUUUGUUUGAAAAGGGUUUUUUCUUUGAUCUUUCUAUGUUGUGAUAAUGCAGAUGUCCUUUUAUUUGAUGUGUCCUAGAAGGAUGUGAUUAGCAUUGUUUAGAUUAUGUCAAUGUCUGUCUACCUCAGGGCCAGAUCAAAGCUCGACCUGGUAUCCAAUCAGGGUUGUUCUUCUUGCCAUGUGUGCAGUAAAAUCCCUCUUCAUUACAGCUUUGUAACACAGUGUGUGAAAGUGUUUUCUCAGUGUGGAUUCAGGCACAACUCUGUAUGCGUCAGUGUUCGGUGGCAUGGUUAAAAAAAGAAUAAAACAAGUUACUAUUUUAUGCA